AUGGCGGUGCAAAUCUCCAAGAAGACGAAGUUCGUCGCAGACGGUAUUAAAGGGGCUGAGCUAAAAGAGUUCCUGACUCAUGAGCUUUCUAAGGAUGGUCAUGCCGGUGUGGAGGUGCGUGUGACUUUAAUCGGGACUGAGAUCAUCAUCCUCGCCAGAAGGAUGAAGACUGUUCUUGGAGACAAGGGUAGUCGGAUCAGACAGCUGAUCGCUGAGGUCAAGAGGAGGUUCCCCGAAGACAGCGUGGUGGUAGGAAACAAAAACAUACAAAUAAUUCGUAUUUUAAGAUCACGUGGCCGCCCUCGCUGUCGGCCUUUAUAA